AUGUUGAAGAACUUCACAUUUGAUCUUGAAGAAAAUGCAACACAAGAAUUUCUUGAGAAAAUUAUUGCUCAAUUCCCAGUUUCCACCAAGCCGCUUGCUGAUACUAAAAUGAAAGCAACAGAGGCAACAGAGGCAACAGAAGCAACGGAAGCAACGGAAGCAACGGAAGCAACAGAGGCAACAGAGGCAACAGAAGCAACAGAAGCAAUAGAGGCAACCAAUAGUAGUACGAAUGUUGAUACUAUUUCUGAAAGGAAAGACACUGAAGCGAUGGAAACAGAUGAAAUAGAGUUACAACCUGUUAAUCCAUUUGAAGAUAAAUAUUUAAAAAUUCAAAGUAUCCUUUCUGGCGAGGAAUCAAUUACAAUUUCUUCCGAAGGAUUUUCAUAUUGUCGAGUACGUAGACUGAUGUAUUUAUCUAUACAUUUUGCUGGUUGA